AUGACUGUGGAAGAGGAUGAUGAAGAGGGACUGUCAAUUAACCAUGGAAAGACUAAAAUUUUAGCAAAUACAGUACGUAUGAUAUGGACCGAUGAUACAGCGGCCUCCACCUCAAAAGUUCCACCGGGAAAAGGAGCCCGACUUAUUAUAUGUCACGCGGGAUCAGUUUCGCAAGGUUUUAUCCCAGACUGCCUCCUCGCAUUCGCUUCUAAAACUACAAGGGAUUACCAUGAGGAAAUGAACUUUCAAGUUUUUAAAGAAUGGUUUGAGAAGCUGUUAGUUAGUUUAGAAAACCUAUCAAAAAUUAUAAUGGAUAAUGCGCCAUAUCAUUCCGUGCAAGUUGAUAAACCACCAACUCAAGCCAGUAAAAAACAAGAAAUUGUCUCGUGGCUGGCGAGAAAUGGUGUGGAAGCAGGUCCAAAUUUGCUAAAAGUUGAGUUAUUAGAACUCGUUAAAUUAACCAAGUUAUCCAAGAUUCGCUACGUGAUCGAUGAACUAGCCCUGGAACAUGGACACGAAGUAAUUCGAUUGCCCCCCUACCAUUGUCAGUACAACGCCAUCGAGCUUAUUUGGGCACAAAUAAAGGGUCAUGCAGCGCGGAACAAUACUGAAUCGCCCUUUAGCACUGCUAAAAUGAUGACACUGCUAGAAACUGCGUGUGCAGAAAUCACUAAAGAAGACUGGAAAAAAGUCGUAGAGAAAACAAAGAAAAUAAUUUUACACGACUUUGAAAGAGAUGUGAGAAUAGACAAUGUUAUCGAAAACGAAUUAAUAAUAUCACUUCGUGCUAACAGCAGUGAUGAAGAUGACGACCCCAAUAACAGUUCUGGUAGUUCAACUGAAUAA